AAACCUACGCGUUUACAAAUUACAGAGACAACAAGCGAAACGUGUGGUGUCAACAUUUCACUGUCUCAUUUCAUUUCCUCCCUCUCUCUCUCUCUCUCUCUAGCUCGUGACUGUAAUCCCAUCCGACAUCACCAGAAAUUCCGUUACAGCAGAGACCUCACUUCGUCCUCUGGUUGGUUCCCUCUCGCUCGCUACCUCAUUUUCUAUCGAAACAAGAAAGAGAGAGGCGAAAAAGGAUAAGAAGAAGAAGGAAAGAGGACGGGGAGUUGAGUCUCUGAAUCGGAUCGAUCGGAGAUUUACACACAUUUCUGAUCGAUCUGUGUUCUGUUGGGUCGAGCCAAGAUGAAUAUAUUCAGAUUAGCAGGGGAUAUGACCCAUCUCGCCAGCGUCCUCGUCUUGCUCCUCAAGAUCCACACCAUUAAGUCCUGCGCAGGCAUUUCUUUGAAGACUCAAGAACUCUAUGCUAUUGUUUUUACCACUCGGUACUUGGAUAUCUUUACUGAUUUUAUCUCACUCUAUAAUACUAUCAUGAAGUUAAUCUUCUUGGGGAGCUCCUUUUCAAUUGUCUGGUACAUUAGGCAACACAAGAUUGUUCGUAGGUCCUAUGAUAGAGAACAAGACACUUUUCGCCACUUUUUCCUUGUACUACCCUGCCUACUUUUGGCCCUAUUUAUUAAUGAGAAGUUUACCUUAAUGGAGGUAAUGUGGACAUUUUCCUUAUAUUUGGAAGCUGUUGCCAUACUUCCUCAGCUGGUAUUGUUGCAAAGGACUAGGAACAUCGACAACCUGACAGGGCAAUAUGUUUUCCUUCUUGGUGCAUACCGGGCAUUGUAUAUUCUCAAUUGGAUAUAUCGCUACUUUACUGAGCCACACUAUGUACACUGGAUAACUUGGAUAUCUGGGCUUGUUCAAACAUUAUUGUACGCAGAUUUCUUCUAUUAUUACUUCCAAAGCUGGAAGAACAAUGAAAAGCUCCAUUUACCAGCAUGAGUUCUUGAAGGUCCAGUGCAGGUUCUAUGCAUUUGUAUUUGUUUUGGUCAGGUGCUCGAGUCUUUUCAUUUCUUUUAUCCUCCUUUUUGUCCAUGUAGGUGCUUUGUUGGAUUGUCAAGCAAAAGGCAAGUUUUUUCAAUUUUCUAUUGCAAGGAGGAUUGAGGAUUUACAGCUAGUGUGUCAUAUUAUUGCUAACAUGGAAAAAGCAUGUAGUCUCUAGAGUGCAACAUGUUUUAUGUAAAAACCAGGGAUCACAGUGCAUAUUCUUUUCUGGAUUUCCAUCUUUGACAAAUAUUUUUUAUAUCACAAAUCAGCCUACAGCAUAAUCUUUGAUGUACUCAAAUUCUUCUGUUUUCAA